AUGCAAUCGUAUUAAUAAUAUUAAAAUCAAAAUCUAAUGAAAAAAUUUGAAAGCAAAUAUUCAGUAGCUGAGCCAUCCAACAGUGAAUUCAUUAAACUAUAGCAAUAUUAUGUGGGUGAGAUAAAAAGACUUCAAUAGCAGGCAGACUAAUCAGCUCUUAGCAUGAGUUAAUAAAAAAAUCUAAUGAAGCAAAAAGAUUUGGAACUUAAUUUUUACAAGUCGAAAGUUGGGGAAUAAAGAGAUACGAUAAAAACCUACGAGGUUUACCUGAAUGAAUUAUAAAUUGAAAACAGUAAACUCAGGGUGAAGAUUGAGAUGUACGAGAAGCAAUAUAAACUUUUAGUUUAAACACUGGGUGAACCAUUAGUAGCCUUAGACGACUCUUUGAGUUAGGUGAAUAGUUUAAAUGUGAAUAAUUCCUCAGUGAUAAAUAGCUCAAUGAAUGAAGCUGGACAGAAAAAUCUUAGUGAGAUUUAAGAGAAGUUUACUGAAGAGUUCCAAACUCAUUCUUCUUGCUAAUAUUAAAACUUGGAUGAGGACAAUGAGACUCCGCUCAACACUGGUAAUGAGAUUACGAUAUAAGAUUAAUAUGAGGAUGUUUACAAAGCAGUUUAAAAAAUCAAUCUUCCCCAAAACUAAGCAAGGAUGGCAUUUUCAGUUGCUAAAAAGGAGCCAUUUUAAGAUAUUACAAAUAUAAUGAGUGAUUCCAAGGAAUCUUAAGCAUAGUUUGCUACUCCUUUAAAACUCUCCUAAGUCGAAAAUAUUUCUCCUUCAGAUAGAAGAAAAAUUUACAAGAUUGAUAAUAAUAGAGCCAAUAUGAGAUCUUUAAGCUAAAAAUUAAGGGAUUAAAAGCAAAUGAAAACGAACUUUUACUUUAGGCUUGAUGUUAGAUAAGUCAGGCAGAAAUUCUAAAGCCAGUACACUCAUCAUGACUAAGAAAAUUAAUUUACCCUAUUAGAGUUAAACAGAGAUAAGAAGAUGAGUUCUAUGAAAAAUAAUAACUUGGUACAUUUGAUUAGAUAGACUGAAGGAAAUUUUACUGAAAGGAUUAAACCCUCUUCAGGCUAUUCUUUUAUCUAUGAUACCCAGGAAGAUUAAUCUGUAGCCAUUAUUGAUUAAUGA